UUCAAGUUCUUCCUUUUAGAAGCAGCUAAAAGACUUUUGCCACAUAUUGAAGCUUUUUCCACAUUCUUGUCUCUUUUAUUCAGCUCUAACUUCACUGGGUUCACAACAUGAAUUCAAACUUCACCAUCAACCUGUUUCUCCUUGCCGCCAUCGCAUGCUUGUCCCAAGGAUGCUGCCCUGACAGAUUCAUGAAAGUUGGUAACCGGUGUUACUAUUACAACUCUGACAAGGUGGAUUGGCACGAUGCACGUCAUGCAUGCGAAAGACUUGGGGCGCAUCUAGUCAGCAUCCACAACGCGGAGGAUAGUAGAGAGGUUUACGACCUAUGGAAGAGUUUGAUCGAUGAGAGUUUCCUUGUUGGUGGGCAAAGGACCUAUUGGAUUGGACUACAUGACGUGCAAAACGAAAACUUCUUUGAGUGGAGUGAUGGGACUCCAAUGGAUUACUCCAUGUGGUGUUCUGGCGAACCUAACAACUCUGGGGGAGAAGAUUGUGUGUCUCCCCUUAGCCGAGGUAGCAAUGACUUUGACAGGCAGAAGUGGAAUGACUUCGACUGCGGAACCAGGAAACCCUACUUCUGCCGCAGAUCUGCCACCUCCUAAAUCACUACCAAGGGUCCCUAAAUCCUACUUCUGCCGUAGACUACUCAUGUCCUAAAUCACUACCACAAUGUCCCCUAUAUGUCAAAUCAGUUGUCCUAUAGUAUAGGAUUUCGUCAUUCAAAUUAAUUUGUCUUGCGUUCAAAUUUGACGG